GUAGGUUCGUGGGUUCAGAUCGGUGGGUUUGUGUGCUCGUGGUUGGUUUGUGGGUUCGUGGUUGGUGGCUUGUGGGUGGUUUAUUCCAGAUUUGUGGGUUAGCUAGGGUCGGUGGGUUCGGUGGGUUGCUGCAGCUUGUGGGUUUGUGGGUGCGGUAGGUUCGGUUCGGUGUUGCGGCUAGGUGGUGGUAGGUUCGGUUCAGUGAUGCGACUGGGUGGUAGUGGGUGGUGGUUGGUUUCGGUGAUGCUGGGUGGUGGUGGUGGGUGGUUUCAGUGCUGCUGGGUGGUGCUAGUGGUGGUGGGUGGUUUAGUUUAAUUUGUUUUUUUUUUUGGAUUGGAUUAAUACUUAAAUAUAUGCCCUUAUUUUCAAUAACUAUGCUUAAGAUCUUUUGUCUACGAAUCCGCAAAACUACUCUUUGUUACGAGUAAUGCGAAGCGAAGGUAAUAUUAUUUUCUCUCUUAUUAUUUAUACUUUAUAUUGUUAAUAAUUCUAUUUUGAUCUAUAUCCUAUUAGUUUUUAAAAACUCUGAAUAUACCUUAAUGUUAGGAUUAUUAUGAAUCGAAGGAGUAUUGAAAGUCACAAAAGAUUGAAUUGUUGAAAAUAUGAACACUAGAAUAAUCCACGUGAUAACACAAGUGAAACUAUAAAAUAAAAAAUAAAAAAUAAAAAAUAAAAAAAUGAAACGGAUGAUAAAAAAGUUGGCGCUGAAAAUCUACUCAAAUAAACCCAAAUCCCAAAAUCCCCAUAAAUUGAGAAUUCCCUCCAAAACCCAAAUCUCAAAAUUUCGUAAAUCGCUCCAAUUUUUUCAAACGUUCAAAACCCAAAAAAAGACUCACUCUCUCACAAAACUUCCUCAGCACACCAACACCCCUUUUUCUAUUUAUAUUUCAAAUCUUCUUCCAUUCUUCCCUCUAUCUCCUCCCCAAUUCUCUCUCCUCCAUUCCCUCUUUCUCUCUCAUCGCCGCCUUCUUCUGCGAAAAUGUCUUCCACUAAAUCAUUCGUUUCUCUCAGCUCCGUCGUCAACGGCGGUGGUGUUGCUGGUUCUGCUAAUGUUGUUCCUGGUGAGAUUCAUGUUAUUGUGGGUCCCAUGUUUGCUGGAAAAUCUACUGCACUUCUUCGUCGUGUUAAAACUGAAAGUUCCAAUGGCAGGACUGUGGCGAUGAUUAAAUCAAGCAAGGAUACGAGGUAUGCGAAAGAUUCAGUUGUGACACAUGAUGGAGUGAGAUUCCCUUGUUGGGCUUUGCCUGAUCUCUCUUCUUUCCAAGAGAAAUUCGGAUUUGAUGCUUAUGAUAAGUUGGAUGUAAUUGGGAUAGACGAAGCGCAAUUCUUCGAUGACCUCUAUGACUUCUGCUGUAAGGCAGCUGAGAAAGAUGGGAAAACCAUUGUGAUUGCAGGGCUAGAUGGUGAUUACUUGAGGAGGAGCUUUGGAUCCGUGCUGGAUGUUAUACCACUUGCUGAUACUGUAACAAAGUUGACAGCGCGGUGUGAGAUGUGUGGGAAGCGGGCUUUCUUUACACUGCGGAAGGUAGGGGAGACACAGACAGAACUAAUUGGUGGAGCCGAGUCAUACAUGCCUGUUUGCCGCCAGCAUUAUGUAAAUGGGCAGGCAGUCAUUGGUGCCGUGCUCGAAACUAGCCACAUUAAGAAGGAUAUUACAGUUCCAGAAGUUCUGGAAGCAACAUGUGUUUCCUAAUCUGGUUAAGCAUCUUCAUAAGCACCCUUUGCUUCGAAGAGGGUGUGAAGGUGUGCUUCUACUAGCUAUCUCGGCUAUUACUGAUCUAGUAGAGUAUUCUUCAUAAUUUGGUGUAUAUAGUAGAAAAGUUACUUCUGUGUGGUUAUAAGUAGUUAGCAGUUCCAUCUUUCUUAAUCACAUUGCAUUUGCAGCUAAUGUUAUAUUGUGUAAUUAAGCCUUAUACUCCGUAUGUAGCUUUUGUCUCACUUUUUAAAUCACGUAGUCCUUAAUGUUCUCAUUAAGAUGAUAAUCCAAUUGCAGAAGUGCCCGUUUUACUUCUAAUAGUUAUAAAUAAUACUGAGUACUCUGUAUCUGUCUAUUGCUUUGCUCUUUCCUGUAAUGUACUUUUGCUUCUGU